AUGGGGAAGUCUGAUAUAGAAAUUGCAGUUCUAAGGCAUAGAAAAGCCAGGAUUAGGGAAUUACGCCACAGGCAACUGCUUCAUACUGCUGACGUUUCACCCCCUGAGGCGAUCAACUACAUGGCACAAGGAAUAUAUAUGGUAGCCACACAAGCAGCUCCCGGAGGCCACGCACCGGCUGUGGUCGUUCUUAUUAACCACAUAAACCAACUUCCGCUUGGAAUGCAAAUUUUCCUGAGAGAAGGAAGACAGGUAGACGUUGGAGAUGUUUGGGUAGUGCAGAACAAUGAAGGAAACACUGCCCUGCACCUAGCCUUGAAAGCAAAUCAUCAACAAGUUGCUUUGCUUCUCGUUGGACUCGAUCAAAGGGUUUCUUUCGUUCCUAACGAAGAGAGAGCAUCGCCCUUGUACAUGGCAGCUGAAGCUGGAGAUGCGUUACUUGUGGGCCAAAUGUUAAAUGAACCUGCUACUCGCUUUGAAGGAAAAUCAGUUGUGCAUGCUGCAAUCAAAAGCAGAAAUAUAGCUAUCUUAAAUCUUCUGUUAGUUCCCAACCGCCAAAACCUCUUCAACGCAAGGGAUGAAGAAAAAAGGAGCGUUCUCUCAUAUGCAGCUUCCGUAGGAUAUGAUGAUGGAGUACAACGUCUAUUACAGGCGUUUGAAAAUAUUGCUUAUGUUAGGGAUCCUGAUGGCUUCUUCCCCAUCCAUUCUGCUUGCAGAAGAGGUCAUUUGGGCGCUCUGCAGGCUAUCUUGCAAUCCUGUCCUGACACUAUAGAGCUACUUAACCUACAAGGUCAAAAUGUCCUCCACGUUGCAGCUGAAUGUGGGAAAACCGAAGUUGUCAAAUACAUUCUCAGAAACGAACAGUAUGCAAACCUCAUAAAUCAGAAGGAUCAUACAGGAAACACUCCACUACACUUGGCUACAGUGUUCUGGUAUCCAAUGAUUGUCCAUAUACUUACAAAGGAUGAAAGGGUUAACGUGGGUGAACAGAACAAAUUGGGCUUUACAGCUCUUGAUGCAGCUGAGGAAUGUAUGGAUUUGAACCCCACUUUCCGUGAGCGACUGACAUGGAUGGCUUUAGUAUGUGUUGGUACACCAAGAGCUCUAAAAUUGAUGCCCUAUGACUCAUUUUUGGCACCUGUGCCUCAGGAAGGAAUCAUCCAGUCCAAUGAGAUGCCAUCUGCCAAAAAAUACAAGGAUAGAGUUAACACCCUGCUGUUGUUGGCUAUACUCGUUGCGACUGUUGCAUUUUCUGCAGGUUUCAGUGUGACAAAAGUACCUGAGGGAGAAAAACAUUGGUAUAAACCAGUUGCGUUGCAAGUCUUUGUGGUUUCAAACACAAUAGCGAUGUACAGUUCUGUUCUCACAACUGUUGCUCUCAUAUGGGCACAGCUAGGCGAUCUGGUGUUGAUCCUCAAUGUCUUCAAGGUGGCGCUGCCGCUUCUUGGCAUAGCUCUUAUUUUCAUGUCAUUUGCUUUUCUAGCUGGUAUGUUUGUAGUGGUGGGAAACCAGCUGUGGCUUCAUGUGUUGCUCCUUGCAUCAGGCGGCAUCUUCUUGGGCAUGCUUGUUCUGCUGGUUGUUCCUUUUGUCUGCCCUUAUACUUCAAAACCAUCCCUUUUCAGGUAUGUCUGGCGUUACCCUUUUUGGCUUCUUCUUAUGCUCAUUGUGCGGGAUGAUAACGACGAUGACUUGGAAUGA